UCCCAUUAGGGAAUAAGAGAUUCUCUUCAUUUCUUAAAGAAGUUUGACAAAAUAAUUUAAGGAAAAGACACCAAUAAUAACUCUUUGUUAUCCAUAUUUUAUUAUUUUCUGUUCAGUUCUUUUAUUUUCUUUGGGGGUAAACGUUUUCAUUUUAUUUUCUAUUUUUUAAGUCUCUAUCAGGAGAAACAAUUAAUUAUAAACGCUUUUGGAAUUUUUUGUGUGAGGAUGCAUCUGAAGUUGGCUGAUAUAAAUACAAAGAAGAUGAAGUGAGAGAGGGUUGAAGAAAACAAGACUUACUACUAGAGAGAAAAAAGAGAAUCAUGGUGAUAAAAAGGAUAGAGAUGUGUAUAGAGCUUAUGAGGAUAGGUGUGGAGUUUGUCGUAGUGGUGGCUGAAACCGUCAAGAUUGCCUGGCGGCAACACCUCAACCACCGCACUCCUCUGCCUCCUCAACAUCUCCUCCGCCAGGGCAUUUCCCCUUCUUACCCUUCUCAAUUCAUCUUUGGAUUUCUCCCUUGAAAAUCUGUUUUUUGUAAUUCUCACGAAAUCAUUUACCUGCGUUUCUCUUACCUUUUGUCGUGGUGAACUCUUCGAUGUAGUUUUUGUUGAUUCUUGUAACACCUUAAUUAUUUUUUGUUCAAUAAGUUUUGCACUUCUCUCGA